UCUAAUUGCGUAUGUGUGCAAAUGCAAUGCAUUAGCUAAAUCACCACGUAACUGGCGUGCGGUGCGUAUUCAUAAAAACAGAUACGGCAGUAACGAACCUGCUUCUCGCCUGACGGACUUUUACAACGUAUUUUUCUUUAGUCAUUCAAUCUACAGCAGGGAAAGUCUCAAUAUAGCGACUGCUGUUAUUGCGCUAUCUUUGGAUCCCGAAACUGAUUAGAUUCCAGAUCUAAGUUGCACAGAUAUUGCCAUUGCCUCGGAGGGAAAAGAUGGUGAGGUUGGACCUGAGCGAGGUUGUGAUCAGACGGAUGAAGGAAGAGGACAUUGAGGUUGUGAAAGAACUUAUUAAGGAAGGAGCAACGGGCUCAGAGAAUCGCCUCAUUCUGCACCUCCUCACUCGGCCACUGGCCCUUCUCCUCCUCGCCGUCAUCUCGUCCGCCCUGCGCUUCGUCCUGCACUCCUUCAUCAUGGCUCUGAUCCUCCCUGUCUUUGUCGUCAUCAUCUACCUCAAACUCACCAUCCCCCGUUCGGUGGGAAUACUCGGCACCAGUGUGCCCUACUGGGAUUACAUGGGAACCAGUUGCCACGGCGCUCGCAACUGCACCUUGGAGAACCCUUACGCUGGAGGGGGCGGGGGAAAGUGGACAGCCAGUGCUGAGGAGAACAGGGCUAAGGAUAAGGGCAGGCGUCGGCAGAAAGAGAAAGCCAGGGAGAGGGAGGAUAGGGAGGCGGGGGAGGUGUGGCUGGCAGACCUGGACGGGGAGAUUAUAGGGUGCGUCUCCAGAGAGAGCGGGAGGAGAGAGGGCGACAGCAGGAUCUGUCGGCUGGUCGUCCAGUGCUGGUACCGGAGGGAGGGGCUGGGAACCCUCCUGGUUCAGUGUUUGGAGAGAAGGGAGAAAGAGAUGGGGUCGAGGCGGGUGUACGCGCACGUGCCCGCCCCAUCGAAGAUGGGGGAGUUAUUUUUCCAAAAGCUGUGCUACAAAAAGCAGGGAGAGAUGAUGAUGAUGAGAGAAGAGGAUGAAGAUGAACAGCAGGAGGAGGAGGAAGAAGAAAGGGGAUGGUUAGGUUUCCAGGUUAAUAAGUUGUAUGUGAAGGAUUUGUAAGAAGGGAGUAUGAAUGAGAAAUGGUGGAAACGAAAAAAGACAGUCCAGGGAAAAAAUAGGAAAUGCAGACAAAACGAAAGAAAACAAGAACAAAGGAAGGCUAGAACAGGCCACAGAUGUAGGAAAUGUGAACUCCUGUACUGACUGACGGACAAUGUUCAGUGCACUCGGAAGUAAAGCAAAGAACUGAGGGAACUAGAGAGGCAGAGUGAUGGACUAUCUCUGCAUCAUAAUUAAUGUUAUUUAUUUCUUCUAUUUAUUUUGUUUUGGAUCCUCACGAUUAUAGAUUCAAUGUGUCGGUAGAGCCAGAUAUUACUACAGUGGACCUGUCCUCCUCUAUUUAGCCUGCACUGAAGGGGGCGCUCUUUCCCCUCACAUAUGGUUAUUGUACAGAAUCAUGCGUCAUGUGAUCAUCAUACUGUUGUUAUACUUGUGUUUGAAUAUGGAAAUUAGUUUUUAAAAGCAGAUGUUUUUUUCCGACUUUUUAAAAGCGCACCCCCCCCGCUCCCCUCUAAUAAAUUAAUAAAUAAAAUGCACAAGCAUGAGACUUCAGUGAUCCAAGUUAACUGGCUAACACCUGGCCCCACUGUAUAUAAUUUUUCCCUAACGCUUCCAUAACAAAUAUAUGAAAUAUAUUUUAAAAAGAUCAA